AUGUUGAUCCGACUCCUAAUAGCUACGCUAUGUGUCGGAUCGGCACUUGGGUUCAGACGAAAUUGUUGUGGAUCCCAAGGAGCUUUUAAGCGACACUGUGCUGACACUGUUUGUCACAAGCCGUCGGCCCCACCAGCACCACAGCCUACGCCAGAUGAGCCAGAACCUAUGCCAGACGCACCAGCGCCUGAAGAACCAAAACGACCAAAGCAUCAUCACAACAAGGCACCGGUUCAAUCGGCACCAACGACUAAUAUUAAGAUUAUUAAUAUUUUCCAAAAUGUGCCUGAAAAUCCGGUGAAGGUAGAAUUUGUGCCAGGACUGCCACAUCAACAACAACCACCAAAGAUUAUCAACUUCCCUGGCUGGCCAGAUGCACCAUCAUCAUGUGGUCCAGUCAGAGUUUUGGUCAAGCCCGUGCAGCAAAACCAAGUUCAACCGCCAAGAAUCAUUGUUGGUGAACCGUCUAACCCGCAGUCACCUGGAGUUACGAUAGUCAUCACUAUUGGUCCAAGUGCAUCAGGACAACCUGGUCAGCCUCAACAAGUAAUGCCACCAAGUAAUUGCCCUGGACGGCCAAAGAAGCCCGUUAUUAUCCACGUUGCACCGAGUUCACCAGAUAAUCCAGUGCCACAACAACCCGAGCCUCAGCAUGUGAUCGACGUUCCUUACCCUAACGACGAGCCUCCAGUACGAAUUAUCAUACAGUAUCCAACGGAACGACCGCAACUGCCUAGCGAGACUAUUCAAGUCAUCCCUGGUCAACCAACACAACCAAACCAAGAGCCUCAGGUUGUGUUUGUGCCAGGAACGCCACAACAACGACGCAAACCCAAGAUUAUCGUUAUUCAAGGCAGUCCAGACGGUCAGAACAACGGUCCAGUACGAAUUCUUAUUUUACCUGUACCAGACGACCAAGUUCGACCACCGUAUAUUAUCCCUGGAGAACCCAAGAACCCUCAAGCUCCAGGCUACACUAUUGUCGUACCAGUUGGCUCUCAUCCACCUCAACGGCCUAGUCCACCACAACAACUUCAACCUCGUAGCAAUGAUGGUACUCAACACAACCCAAUUGUCGUAAAGAUUGUACCGGCUAACAGCCCAGUACAACAAACGCCAGAACCACAACAAGUGAUUAAUGUACCACACAAUAAUAAUGAGCCGGCUACAAGAAUCAUCAUUAAAUUCUUGCCUGGAAACCCACGCCAGCCAUCGUAUCCAGGAUAUCCGUCUCCAGGACAAAACCCAAGUCCAUCACUACCACCGGGACCAAUCCAAGUCAUCCCUGGCCAACAAACACCGCCUGGCGGAGAGCCCCAGAUCACUUACGUACCAGGAACACCAAAUCAACAACGAAAACCAAAAAUCAUUGUUUUCGAAAAUCCUCCGAAUCAACCUGGAAGUGGUCCAAUCAGAGUGCUUCUUCAGCCAGUACCACCCAACCGUGUUACUCCACCUUAUAUCAUUCCUGGAGAGCCGAAGAAUCCUCAAGCUCCUGGCUACACAAUUGUCGUUCCAAUCGGUCCUCAUGCCCCACGACAUCCUGGUCAACCCGAACGACUACAGCCACAGGAUAGCAAUGGUCAGCCAAGAAACCCAAUCGUCGUUACAAUUUCACCAGCUGGUCCAAAUACGCCUGUUCAACAGACACCCUCGCCACAACAAGUUAUUAAUGUGCCGAACGGUAAUAACGAGCCAAGUACGAGAAUUAUCAUUAAAUUCCCGCCUGGAAAAGACAAUGAUAAUCCUUAUGGCCCACCAAUUUACGUGCCUGGUCAACCACCUUCUGGACCAGGCCAGAAUCCUUACGGACCAGGCCAAAACCCAUCCUAUCCUGGCCAAAAUCCGUAUGGACCAAGCCAAAAUCCGGAUGUUCCUGGAGACAAUCCUUAUGGCCCAGGUCAAAAUCCACUGUACGGCCCAGGAGAGCCAGAAAAACCAUCUGGACCAAUCAUUAUCAUACCUGGCAAGCCAUCUCGUCCAGCUGGUCAAAAGCCUCAAAUCACUUUUGUACCAGGUACACCAAAGCAGCGACGUCAACCUAAAAUUAUCGUUUUUGAAGGCCGACCAGAUGAACCAUCUAAAACUCCAAUCCGAGUCUACAUUAAACCAGUCCGGCCUGGCCAUGUACGACCACCCUACAUUAUUUCUGGUGAACCAAAGAACCCACAAGCUCCAGGCUACACGAUUGUCAUCACCGUGGCUCCACGACCACCACGAAAGCCAAGUCAACCUCAACAACUUCAGCCACCAAGUCAGAACGGGCGACCACAAAAACCGGUCGUUGUUACAAUUCUACCGGCGUAUCCAAAUACCCCAGUUCAACAAACUCAAUAUCCUCAACAAGUGGUCGAUUUUCCGAAUGAAGAUAAUCAACCAAAAACUCGAAUCAUUAUUGAGCUUGUGCCUGGUAAGAACGAUGAUGACAGUCCUUACAAUCCUUAUGGUCCAGAACAGCAAAACCCAGUGAUUAUACCGGUCAAACCAACUCCACCACAAAGCCGACCAAUAAUAAUCAAAUUCAAAGGACCAAGAGAACCAAAUCGUCAGCCUCAGGUUUAUGAGGUACCACAACGGCCAGAUGGCGGUAACAACAGCCCCAUUCGUAUCUUCAUUAAACCAGUACGACAAGGUCAAGUUCGGCCACCAUUCAUCAUUCCUGGUAGUCCACGCAACCCUCAAGCCCCAGGCUUUACAAUUGUUAUCCCAGUUGGACCAAAUGGACCACAAAACUCUAGUCCGGAGCGGCUUACACCUCCUGGACCAGAUGGACGACCACAACGGCCGAUUGACGUUAUUGUACAGCCAAGAACGCCAACAAUUCUUCAACGUAAAGAGCCACAGUUGGUGAUUAUCGUGCCUAGCAAUAACAAUCAGCCUGAUACACAAGUUAUCGUCAUCUUCGGCCCAAGAACGCCCCAGAAUCCGGAUAAUCAGAAUCCUUACAAUCCGCCUUUUACUGUCAUUCCUGGUCAGAACCCUGGUGGUCCACAAUACCCAGGUCAGAACCCUGGUGGUCCACAGUACCCAGGCCAAAACCCAGACGGGCCACAGUACCCAGGCCAGAAUCCUGGAGGUCCUAUGAGUCCAAGCCAGAAUCCAGACUACCCAAGUGGUCCAGGUAGUCCAGGCGGCCCACGGUACCCAGAUGACCCUGGCCAAAAUCCAGGCGGUCCUGACUACCCAAGUGGUCCAAGCCGCCCCGGCAAUCAACCAGGUGAUGAACCAUUCCUACCAAGUGGACCAGGCGGCCGAGUUCCAAUCCCACUACCGCCAGGGACCCAAAUUAGGUCAGGAAACGGAGUCAAGAUAAUCAUCAUCCCAGGAGCACCAGGUACUCCACCUACGACGAUUACGGUUCCAGAAAAUCUAAGAGAGCCGGUUUGGAUUCCAGGAACGCCAGAACGACCAGGUAGACCGUUCCAACCUGAUGGUAACUUCCCUAACAUCCGAGUACCAUGGCCAAGAAGUCCAGUACGACCAAAGAACCCGAGCGACAGAUUGCCAGAAAUCGACAUUAUCAUCUUCAAACCUCGCCAACCAAGAGUACCAGUUGUGAUUUUUGGUCCGCCUGGACCUCAAGAGCCAUCUGAACCUGGAUCACCUGGUCAAGUCACAAUUGAGUUCACUCCAAACGACAAUCCUAGGCCGUUUUACAUCUCAGGGCCACCAGGACCAAUAGGACCAAAUGGACAAAUUUCGAUCAUCUACAUCCCUGGCGGAUUCCAAGCUCCACCGACCGGUCAAAUUAUCUUGGUCGGACCUCGUGGACCAUCUCCUAACACAAUUGUGUUUGUGCCACCACGUCACGAUGUUCUACAGAAUACUGAACAAAUCAUCAUCAGUGGACCAAAAGGACCAUCUGUGGACCAACCAUUCGGUUCCAUCAUCUACAUCCAACCUCCAGAUGUCAGCCGGCUGACUGAAGUGACAUUACUGUUCGGUUAUCCAGGACCAGAAGGUCAAGACGGUGAAAUCAGCAUCAUCUACUUCCCGGGACGACCAGGAUCAGUACCAGUCGUUAUCUUCGGUAUUCCUGGACCACGUGGACCUGAUGGACUGAUCAGUAUCUUCUAUGUGCCCAGAGGCUACAGAUUCGAAAGACAAGUGACGAUAACGAGCUGGGAAUUCUCUGAAGUUUCGGAAUACUUCUCCAUCAGCUGGUGCUUCAGAUUCACCUUCCCACCGUUGGAUGGACCAAGAUUGGAACCGUCUGUUGGACAAAGUGGCAUAUUUGGAGGAGGAAGAAGUAAGGAUUACAUUACUUAUUCCUCUACUUUACCUAUUAUAUUACUUAUUACUCUACUUUAUUCUUAUCUUUUUUUGACUAGCCUACCCUACUCUACUCUAUCCUACUUUACCCUAGAGAUACCAAAAGUUGUAUCACUACUUCUACCCUUACUAUACCUUGACUUUAGCUUACAUUUAGCCUAUAUUAUCCUACCCUAAAGACUGGAAAAUUAUUUUUUAAAUUUCAGCAUCGUACUCAAGCGAAGAGGAGGAAUCAUUUGAACAACAACAAAGCUCAAGCCACAAGAAAACAGAGUUUGUACAAUACGACUGA